GAGCAGCUUAACAUCCGGGACCUUGGCUAGAACGCCAUGGCCGCCUGACAACGGCGCCAGCCAAUGAGGAAAUAGGUCAGAGGCUGAGCGGCCAAUCGCAGCGCCCCCAGAAUCACAUGGCUUUGUUGUCGAGCGCGUAGCGGCAGCCGAGCCGGUCCGAAGUGUGGAGAAGGACGAGAUCGGCCAGCUGUGCUCAAGAUAGAGAGCGUUUGUUCCCUCGGCGCACCGGUGCGGACGUCUCGGUGUUUGCCGGCUGUGUGUUUUUUCUCGGGCUAGUAGCAUGUCAGUGCGCCGGCUCCGGCGCGAGCAGGCGGUGAAAUCGUGAGUGUGCGCGCGUGAAACUUGGAGGAUAGCGAGAAGAGCUACGCGUGCGGCAGCGACGACAUGUCGACGGGCAAGCGGCUGGCGAAGCGCUCGAUCCUGGGUACGCGUGUGUGCGCCCCCACGGCAGACGGUCUUCACAUGCCGGGUGUUAUUCAGGCGACCAAAACUGACGCUGAAGACGAGAACGUCUACACUGUCACGUUCCCCGACAAGACGACGGGCGAGUACCGUGGCGACGAGCUCAUCGGUCCGGGCUUCCAGACCAUUGCGGGACUGACUCUCAAGAGCGGACAGCGCGUGUACGUGACGUUUAACGGCCGCGAGGUCUCCGGAGCCGUGCUGGAGCACGACGCCGUGCGCGACGACGUACUCAUCAGUAUCCAGCCUUCGCAGCACAACCACCACAUCACGCAUACGGUGCAGCUCCACAAGCGCCUGGAAGAGGUGCGACUCCUAGAGAGCCGCAAGUCGGCUCGCCUGCAGGACUUGGACACGGACUAUUCGCGUCUUGCCGAAGGUCAGAGCGAGCUCCGGCGGCGAGCUUCUUCACUCAGCAUCGACGUUCCGCCUUCUAUAAAGUGA